CGUGUUUAAAAGAAAAAAAAAGUUGAGGAGAGGAGAGGGGUUUUCGUUGGGUCUCAGACUCUGCGCAAAAACCCUAAAUUCUUGUGGACUUUUGAGACUCGUAAAUCGUAAUUGAGCCCUAUAGGUGGUUUUUUAGUUGAUCAUGGCCGGUGGAGAAUCGGACGUGGACGCUCUGAACGAAGCCCUAAGCUCCUCUCAGAUUUUCAAAGACAAGCAGCAACAACCCGGUCUAAACCAUAAAGACCAUGAGCAGGAGCAAAACGGCGGUGGCGGCGUGCAGAUCACGUGCUUCAGCGACGUCUUCAACGAGAUCACUCUUCAUUUCCAGAUCCUCCGCCUUCCCAAACAGAUAUACGCGUGGGUCGGUUGCAACUCUGCCAAAUUAGGGCACUUAUACGCAGCUGCACCUACACGGCCUGAUACGGUUAGUGUUGCUUCCAUACUUGGAGGAACUUCUGAUAAUACAGGAUCUGGCAUUGCUCGGCGAUUAGUGUUGAAGACUGGUCUCAAUAUAAUUCUGGCUUGCAAUAUUCCAAAGAACAGUCCUAUGCUUGAGGCAGAAGCUGAGAAGAUGUUGGUACAAAAGCUAAUCAACCUGGGUUACACAAGGCCGAAGGUAGAAGGAUUGUCAUCAUAGCCAGGCGCCCUGGCAAACCCGCUCUAUGUGAAGCACAUCCAUGGUUAUCGACUACAGUUGUCCAAAAAUAGCAGUAGUCCUAUCCUUUCAGUGUUCUCUCUUUCAUUUUCUUCUCUUUCCGACACUUUCUUUAUUGCUUCAAAUGUAAUGUAAAAUUCAUUGGAGCAAAUUUUUCUACCCAAAAGAUUGUUAUUGACAAUUCAAGCUCAAUAUAAUAUUUGUCUUGAGAUGGAA